CCAAACCACUCUUCCACUCUUCACUCUCUUUCCCUCUCUCCUCCUCCUCCACCACCACCGCCAUGGCUUCCGCCUCUCCCGCCAAGAAGGUUCUGGUUCCGAUUGCCAACGGCACGGAGCCCAUGGAGGCCAUCAUCGCCGUCGAUGUUCUGCGCCGUGCCGGAGCUGACGUCACCGUGGCUUCUGUGGAGAAGCAGCUGAGGGUUGAGGCUUGUCACGGGGUUAAGAUCAUCGCUGAUGCUUUGGUCUCCGAUUGCGGCGGGAGCUCGUUUGAUCUCAUCACUCUACCUGGAGGCAUUCCAGGUGCUACCAAUCUUAAGAAUAGUGAGGUCCUGGAGAGCCUGGUAAAAAAGCAAGCUGCCAAUGGAAUGCCCUAUGCUGCAAUUUGUGCUUCACCUGCAGUGGCUUUUGGAUCUUGGGGUGUGCUGAAGGGAUUGAAAGCAACUUGCUAUCCAUCAUUUAUGGAGCAAUUGGCAGCAUCUGGUGCAACUGCUGUUGAAUCGAGAGUGCAGCUAGAUGGCAAUUCUGUGACAAGUCGUGGACCUGGUACUACCAUGGAGUUUUCUGUUGCACUUGUUGAGCAAUUGUAUGGGAAAGAGAAAGCUGAUGAAGUUUCUGGUCCCCUGGUGAUGCGUCCCAACCAUGGGAAGGAAUAUACCAUAACUGAGCUAAACCCAAUGAAGUGGACUUGCACUGAUUCCCCAAAGAUUCUUGUACCAAUAGCUAAUGGUACAGAGGAAAUGGAAGCUAUUAUGAUCAUUGAUAUUCUACGACGAGCCAAAGCAACCGUUGUAGUGGCAUCUGUAGAAGACAAGCUAGAAAUUGUUGCCUCCCGCAAAGUUAAGCUGGAAGCAGAUGUGCUCCUGGAGGAAGUAGCAAAAAGUUCGUAUGACCUAAUAGUUUUGCCUGGUGGACUUGGUGGUGCUCAAGAAUUUGCAAAAUCAGAAACACUUGUAAAUUUGUUAAAAAAGCAGUGGGAAUCAGAUAAGCCUUGUGGAGCAAUAUGUGCUUCACCAGCUUUGGUCUUUGAACCUCAUGGCCUACUCAAGGGAAAAAAGGCCACAGCUUUCCCCGCAAUGUGCGACAAGCUGUCAGACCAAAGUGAAAUUGAAAAUAGGGUAUUGGUUGAUGGUAACCUCAUCACCAGCAGGGGGCCUGGAACUUCAAUGGAGUUUGCACUAGGAAUUGUUGAGAAAUUUUUUGGCCGUGAGAAAGCUAUAGAGCUUGCAAAAGUUAUGGUUUUUGUUCAUCCAUAAAACUAGCACAUAGAGAUGUCAAGAGUGGGAUUCAUGUGUUUAUGAGGUUAUGUACCACGGCUUUGUAUGUAAAUAAACUGUAUCGAAGGAGCUCCAGAUCUUCCGAUAGAUGGGCCUAGAAGUCUCUGAUUUCACUGCCUACUUAG